AUGGAUAAACCACCAACUGUAACUCUUGUUAUGAAUAUUACCUUCUACAUUUUAUUAUCAAUCCUCCUAAUCCUAUGGUUUAUAUCCAUCAUAUGCCGCCGAUAUAGAGCGUUGACUCGCAAUAGACUCGCCGUAGAUCCGAAUCUAGUCGGGUGGCCCACCAAUCUAGAGCUUCCAUAUGGGUUGGAAAACAGGGUUAUUGAUACUUUUCCUAAGUUCGUGUAUAUGGGGUCGGAUCAAGAUAUGGAUAUGAAGUCAAUGAUGAAGAUGACGGGCGAAUGUGCGGUGUGUUUAGGUGCCUUUGAGGAGAAGGAAAGUCUACGUUUGUUGCCUAAGUGUGGACAUGUUUUUCAUGUUGAUUGUGUCGAUACGUGGUUACGUAUGCAUGCGUCGUGUCCGUUUUGCCGGGCUAAUCUAUUGUCGGAUAGUCGUCCGAUUGAUGAGGGGCUUUCUCAAGCGCCCCCUCAAGUUGAAGUUGUGAUCAAUGUUGACGAUGGUAGGGAUCGAUAG